AUGACUGAAGACUGGAAUGACAUACGAAAAAGGAGACGAUAUGUAAAAGUCAAGCAAACAAAUAUUCGUAGAUUCACGGAAAACGUGCUCAGCAAACACAAGUUAGAGAAAAACUAUCGGGAGUUCGAAGAAUUACAGAAGCAAUUAUUGAGUGCCGUCGAGAAAGAUGAACUUCCUGCGGAUGAUCAGCGAGAGGAGCAUGAGUUCGAUGGUCAAUAUAUCGAGCUCAAGGCAUUUUUUAGCAAGACUAUUGCGAAGUUGGAACCGGCGGCAAUCACGGCAACGACUGCAAGUGAUGACGAAGCUUGGAGUAGUGGAGAGUCAGAGCCUGAAGAAGAUGUUAUUACAGACAGAACUAUUGCUUGUGAUGUUGAUUUACUUGAUAACGAACGUGAUGAGAAUAUACCAGAUGUACACUAUGAUCCUUAUUUUUACCCAUCUAUAAAAACUUUUACUGGUGAAGCACAACAAACCAAUCUUUUUCAAGAACAAAAUCCCAAACUGGAUCGAGUACAUAUGAAGCCGUGGACUCCUAUCACUGAAGACGAAUUAUGGAUAAUGAUUGCUUUAUCAAUAAACAUGAGAUAUGUUGUAAAAGGGCAACUAGAGGAUUAUUGGAGCCAAGAUCUACUGCUGUACACUCUAAUAUACGGCGAAAGUCUGUCUCAAAAUAGAUAUCUUCAAAUUUUACGAUACCUUCACUUUUCUAAUAAUGAAGAAGUUUCUAAUCAUCCUUUGAAAAAAAUNAAACCAGUGAUAGAUCAUUUGAAAGAAAAGUUUGGUAAUACUANUAUUGCUGGUGAAAAGCUUUGCAUUGACGAAAGUUUAGUCUUAUGGAAAGGAAAGCUAAAAUUCAAACAAUUCUUACCAUUUAAGAGACACCGAUUUGGUAUGAAGAUAUUUGAAUUAGCGGACUGCNAAACAGGAUUUCUCUUAGAUUUUAUAGUAUAUACUGGCUCAAACACUGAUUAUGAGAAAUUUGAUUUAGGCGUUUCUGGUGAUAUCGUUGCACAUUUCAUGCAACCUUAUUGUAACGAAGGGCGUGUGUUAUACACUGAUAAUUGA